AUGCCAAAAUUAAUUGACGUAGUAAUUCUUCUGUUCGUUGCUUAUUCCGCGGACGGUGCGUGUGUCAGUCCAACAGCCACAACAGCUAUUGGUACUAAAGCACCAAGUCCGGGUUCAUUUUGUUCGGGUGAUCUGAUUUUCGAGGAUAAUUUUGAUACUUUCGAUCAUUCCAAAUGGUUUCAUGAUCAGACCAUGGCUGGUGGAGGAAAUGACGAAUUUCAAUGGUACGUUCAUGACCGAGAGAAUUCUUUUACUUCUGGUGGGAUUCUUCAUCUGAAGCCAACAUUCACAGCUGAUUUAUUCGGUGAAUCAUUUUUGACAUCCGGUAGAGUCACAAUUCCACCUGCCGAUUGCACAGACUCUAGCAAUGGCGGCUGUGAUAGACAGGGAACUGCAAAUUAUAUCAUACAUCCGAUCCGAAGUGCCUUGGUAAAAACAUCUGAGUCAUUUUCGUUUAAGUUCGGCACAUUGGAGAUUCGAGCAAAGAAUCCAACAGGUGAUUGGUUGUGGCCAGCACUGUGGUUGAUGCCAAAAAAUCGCGUUUAUGGUGGAUGGCCAGCUUCUGGUGAAAUAGACUUAAUGGAAAGUAGAGGCAAUCCAGCAUUAUACGAUGGAAAUGUAAAUGUGGGCACUGAACAAUUUGGAUCGACAUUACAUUUCGGUCCACGAUGGGACGUUAAUGGUUAUCAGACAGCUCAUUAUUCAAAGAAUCAAUCACCUGGAUUCAAUGAAGGUUUUCACGUGUACAAAGUUCACUGGACUCCAACGUCUCUCCAAUUUUUUGUUGAUAAUGUUCUCGUCGGAACAGUUAAUGCCGGAACAGGAUUUUGGGCUCGUGGAGGAUUUUCUUGGACCGGCCUUUCCAACCCAUGGAUCAACGGAACAAUCAUGGCACCGUUCGAUCAAGAGUUUUACAUCAUAAUGAAUACAGCCGUCGGAGGAACUAAUUCGUAUUUCCCAGAACGUUUCGAAAAUAGAAACGGUGACAAGCCAUGGUUGAAUUCAUCAGGAACAUCGAAGAGAGACUUUUGGCGUGGUCGAACCCAAUGGGAACCAACGUGGCAUAGAACCACUGAUAAAAGUCAUUUCCAAGUUGAUUAUGUACGGGUGUGGGCAUUGUAAGGAGUUGUUCGUUAUUGUGUACAUACAACAAGGUUUUAAAGCACAUGGAACCUGAUUUUUCUUC